AUGUCGCUCAUCAUACGCAGGUUCAACUCGACGAGCCCACAGGAUAAGAAAGCCGAGGCCGCGAGGCUCGCGAUCCAAUCGCUAAAGGACGUAUCCCUGCUUCUUUCCCCCCACUCCCCAUCCUCAUCGGAUGAUCCCGCGACGCAGCCGAUUGACACGGCGCCCAUUUACGCUGACCCGACGUUGUUCCCGCAUUUGAGCAUGUUGCACCAGGGCCAAGUCACGCUGGAGCUCCAGCGCAAGUUCGAUGGCAAGUGGAAGAACUUGCGUUUGGAGGAUAAGAGGUUGGCGUACUAUAUCGGGUUUGGGAAUUGGGGCGUACGGGAGAAGUUCGAUAAUUGGUCUGCGAUGCUGGCGCCGUUGGAUUUGCCGUUCACUACGUCUGCUCCCGUUGCGAAUGGUGUGGGGGGAAAUAGGGGGGAGGUGAGGAGGGUGAGGAGGUUGGAGGAGAGGAAGUUGGGGGAGACGCCGGUGAGGAAGGCCCAGUUUGACACUAGACGGAUGGAUGGCGCGUCCAAGGUUGUGGUGUUUUUGGUGGUUAUGGUUGCGAUGGUUGCGGUAUACCGGGAUAAGAACGUGGGCGAGAGGGGCAAGCCGCAGCCGGUUGUGAUUGUUGAUCCGUAUGAGGUUGAGCGUCGGGAGGCGGAGGAAAGAAAGUGGCAGGAGGAAAGGGCGAGGGUGGAGGCAGAGGAACGGAGGAAAAAUGGACGCAAAUGGUACUACCUCUGGUUGAAAUAG